CGGUGUUGACGCCGGCGGAGGCGCGGCGUGUGGCCCGCUUUCGCUGCCGGUCCUCGGCGUCGAGCGGCUCGGGAGCGCCCUGGGCAUCCCUCGGCCCCCUCGGCGCCAUGUCCUGGAUGUUCAAGAGGGAUCCUGUUUGGAAGUAUUUGCAGUCUGUCCAAUGUGGAGCUAAUGGAAACUUUCCACGCCUCUCCUAUCCAACUUUCUUCCCCCGUUUUGAAUUCCAAGAUGUCCUUCCACCAGAUGACUUCCUGACCAGUGAUGAAGAGCCUGACUCAGUUUUGUUUGGAACUUUGAGGGGUCAGGUGGUUGGACUGCGCUAUUACACAGGAGUAGUAAAUAAUAAUGAAAUGGUUGCAUUGCAAAGACAGCCUGAUAAUCCCUAUGACAAGAAUGCCAUUAGAGUCAAUAAUGUGAAUGGAGAUCAGGUUGGCCAUUUGAAGAGAGAUCUUGCAGCUGCCUUGGCUCAUGUCAUGGACCACAAAUUGGCACAAAUAGAAGGGGUGGUUCCUUUCGGGGCGAACAAUGCUUUCACCAUGCCUCUCCACAUGAGCUUUUGGGGGAAGGAAGAAAAUAGAAAAGCAGUUUUAGAUCAGUUGAAGAAACAUGGAUUUAAAUUGGCUCCUGCACCAAAAACUUUAGUAUUCAAUUUGGAGAAUGCCUGGGGCUCUGGAAGAGCUGGGCCCAGCUGUAGUGCAGUGGCUCAGCCCGCAGUGCAGCUGACAGCUGAGCAGCUUAAAACAGAAUUUGACAAACUGUUUGAAGACUUAAAAGAAGAUGAUAAAACUCAUGAGAUGGAGCCAGCUGAGGGCAUUGAAACACCAUUGCUUCCACAUCAGAAACAAGCUCUAGCUUGGAUGAUUUCACGGGAAAACAGUAAAGACCUUCCUCCAUUCUGGGAGCAGCGGAAUGACUUGUACUAUAACACACUGACCAAUUUUUCUGAGAAGGAUCGGCCAGAAAAUGUUCAUGGAGGAAUUUUGGCUGAUGACAUGGGUUUGGGUAAGACCCUGACCGCCAUUGCAGUAAUUCUUACCAACUCCCUUGAUGGCCGUCCUCUUCUCGCCGGAAGAAUGAAGAAGAGUCUGCUGAGGAAGGGGAGCAAGGGGCGACAUGUUAAAGGUGAGUCUGUGAAGCCUGGAGGAGAAGGUGCCUGUGAGAAGGCAGACAGGCUAAGCCGAGAGGAAUCUAGUUAUAGUAAAGACCCUGGCAAUUCAGAUAACAAGGAGACAUAUCCCCUAUCAGAAUUGACUACUUUUUGCCCCAAAAGACAAAAAGUUGCUGUCCAGUACCUUGAAAGCAGGGAUUCAGAAGAAGUUGAAGCCAGCGAAUUGCCUCAGAAAAAGAAAGGCAAGAUGAAGAAUGCACAGCCGGAAACGGCAAGUAGGGCAAAGGGUAGGUGUGCGCCACACCUUCGAGCUCUUGGACCUGCGGAGAAAGGAACUUCUCGGGUUAAAGAAGAUGCUGGAUUCGCUCGCGCACUGGCUUCCCCCGCUCCCGCAGUUGGAAAGAAAACGUUGAAAAAGGGAGCAUCUAUGGUGGAGGGGCCAAAGAAACCUGAUGUUGAAGAGAGGCCACGAACAACACUGAUUAUCUGUCCGCUUUCUGUGUUAAGCAACUGGAUUGACCAGUUUGGACAACAUAUCAAGUCAGAGGUGCACUUGAACUUGUAUGUUUACUAUGGUCCUGAUCGUAUUAGAGACCCAGCCUUGCUUUCAAAGCAGGAUAUUGUUUUAACUACGUACAAUAUUUUAACACAUGACUAUGGAACUGAAGGAAACAGCCCACUGCACAGCAUGAAGUGGCUGAGAGUGAUCCUGGACGAAGGACACGCCAUACGAAAUCCAAAUGCCCAGCAGACCAAAGCUGCCCUGGACUUGGAGGCAGAACGAAGAUGGGUCUUGACAGGUACUCCUAUCCAAAAUUCUUUAAAGGACCUGUGGUCUCUUCUGUCCUUUCUAAAACUUAAACCAUUUCUGGAUAGAGAAUGGUGGCACAGGACCAUACAGCGUCCUGUCGCAAUGGGAGACGAGGCAGGACUUAAGCGUCUACAGUGCCUCAUUAAAACUAUCACACUCAGAAGAACAAAGACAAGCAAAGUUAGAGGAAAGCCUGUGUUGGAGUUACCGGAGCGUAAAGUGUUCAUUCAGCAUGUUACGCUCUCCGAGGAAGAGAGAAAGCUCUACCAGUCUGUGAAAAGGGAAGGCAAAGCUGCCAUUGGAAGGUACUUUACGGAAGGGACUGUCCUUGCGCACUACGCGGAUGUUUUGGGGCUCUUGCUUAGGCUGCGGCAGAUCUGUUGUCACACUCAGCUUCUCACAAACGGAGUGUCUUCCAGUGGCUCCUCCGGCAGCGACACCCCUGAAGAGCUGAAGAACAAGUUAGUCCGGAAGAUGAAGCUCAUCCUGAGCUCAGGCUCGGAUGAAGAGUGCGCCAUCUGCCUGGACUCCCUCACGGUGCCCGUGAUCACGCACUGCGCGCAUGUCUUCUGCAAGCCUUGCAUUGGCCACGUCAUCCAGAGUGAGCAGCCACAUGCCAAGUGCCCUUUAUGCAGAAAUAAGAUACAUGCAGAUAAUCUACUAGAGUGUCCCCUAGAAGAGUUGUCAUGUGACAGUGAGACAAAGUCCAACACAGAAUGGACAUCCAGUUCAAAGAUAAAUGCUCUAAUGUGUGCUCUGAUUGACUUACGAGCAAAGAAUCCCAACAUAAAAAGUUUAGUUGUUUCCCAGUUUACAACAUUCCUGUCUUUAAUAGAAAUACCACUUAAAGCCUCUGGAUUCGCGUUCACUCGUUUGGAUGGCUCCAUGGCCCAGAAGAAGAGAGCGGAGUCUGUGCGGUGCUUUCAGAGCGCUGGCGAGGGCUCCCCCAGCGUCAUGCUGCUCUCCUUGAAGGCAGGGGGCGUCGGCUUGAACCUCUGCGCAGCUUCUCGGGUGUUUCUGAUGGACCCAGCCUGGAACCCGGCUGCUGAGGACCAGUGCUUCGACAGGUGCCAUCGACUGGGCCAGAAACAAGAAGUGGUCAUCACCAAAUUCAUUGUGAAGGACUCUGUUGAAGAAAAUAUGUUGAAAAUACAGAACACAAAGAGAGAACUGGCAGCUGGAGCUUUUGGAACUGCGAACGCAAAUGCUAACGACAUGAAGCAAGCAAAAAUCAAUGAAAUCAGAACACUAAUUGAUUUAUAGCGGGUGGCACUUUUGUCACGCGUGAGUUCUGGAGAUGAGAAGGAGAGAUUUUGGGUACGGUCUCAGAUGAGUCCUCAUACAGGGGCGCGUUCCGGGUUAGCGAAGGACUGCCGGCACGCUGGCCCGCGUGCCAGCCUGUGCCUGCAAUGCCACACAGCCGCUCAUUCCCAUACAUGCCAGGGCAUACGCUGAGUGUGUUCAUGUAUCUUCCAAGUGCUCAGCUUUUUCAUGUUUCCAAUAAGGUCAGAGCUUUUAUACUUUUGACCAAUAAAGAUUUAUUUUCUGUGUUACACAUAUUUCACUACUCCCCAAAGCCUCUGAUUUGUGUGUAUUUGUGGUCCUUUUAAAUUAUUAAUACAUAUAUGACGUAGACAAUAGGUUGAUUUUUACUGGGCUUUCAAAAAUCAUAUGAGCAUUCCUAAACCAAACCUUAAACAAAAGACCGAAGUUCAGGUUAGCCAGUUACUUUAGUUAUUUGCGGCUUCAUUGGGAUAUAAUUUAGAUGUGACUGGCAGUUGGUUUGCAUGAGAAAAAUGUGGGCCUGCGUCACAGCAUUGUUUCUCCCCCUGGAGCUGACUUCUACUGCAUUCAUUACAUGUGAUGAUAGGAACACAGUCUGCUGGAGUGAGGGAGCCAGUUCUACAUUGACUUGAAUACUUAAUUCUGGAAUUUAGAUGUUUCUAUAAAUAGAUACUUUUUAUGUAUCUUUUCUGGAACUAACUAUAAAUUUUAUAAUUCAGAAGACUACUACUUACUAUCCGUGAGAGGUGUGGCAUCUGGAUGAAAAUGGGGCUGGAUGGCCUCAAAAAUUCUUUCAACUCUCAGAGGCAUCUAAUCCUGAAUAUAAAAAUUUCCUUUGUAUAUUGAGAACCAGAAUUUCAUUUUGAAAUUUCACUUACUCAUCCUUAAUAUUUUUAAAAACUUUGUUAAUAAAAAGAUGCAUGAGUGGCCACAGAAUUCUAAAUGGCUGAAUCAUACUUAAAACAAGCUAGAAAUUUAGCAGUCUACCAAGCAGGUAAUUUUUUAUUUCCUGAGUGACUUUUUAGUCCAAAGAAAAGAUCAUCAUAACAGUUCUUCAUUUCACAGAGUUGAGUUAGAGCAGAGUGUUUUGCUACAGGUCAGCCAUAUAAGGGGCAUGGCACGUAGCUCCCCAGUUAGCCCCAGCCCCACCCCCACCUCCUGACUUCCCCAGUCCUAGCUCUCAGGUGACAGGUGUGGCAGGGAAGAGCUUGCGGCAAGACCAAAACCUUCUGCAGGGAUGAAGGUAUAAUCAUUGAAAUUCUUUGCCUUAUAGAUUCCUCCAUCACAUAACACAAAUCAAGUUUCUCAGCCUCAUGAAAUACUGUUUGAGGCUCCCAUGGGUACCCAUGCUCCAGUGAGAUUACAUAUAAACAGUUUUUUAGCAAAACAAAAGAUGCUCAACAUUCUUGUCUCCUGGGAAGGUAGAGAGCCUCCAGACUCACUGUAAAAGCGCAACUUGCUUCUUGCCUGACAGCAACAGAGCCAUGUUUUCAAACACAUUUACACAUUUAUAACAGGCACAGAAACACCUUUUUGUUCUUGUAGGCAUGUUAGAUGGUAUUUAAAAAACUGAUAUACAAGCCCCUGGACUGAAAACUUCACAUUAUGUCAUGCUGUUGUUUUAUUGAAAUAUACUGAAAGCAGAAUAUUCCCAGUUGUGGAAGAGGCUGAGUUUUAUAGUUCAAGCUGAAUUUUGUUUUAAAUUUAAAAUAAAUAAAAAUCUCAAAAAUA